AUGAAAAACUUAAAAUUUUCCAUAUUAAACAUUUCAUGUCUAUUAAUUUUUUAUUUGAGUUCUCAAAAUGUGUACUACGAUUGUAUCAACACAGGAAAGACACUAAAAAAUGUGCACCAUAAUAAUACAAAACCCAAUGUAAAAGAUAAUAGCUUAUCAACUGAAUGGAGUGAAAAGGGAUAUAAUUUCAUGGAUUUGGUGAAAAAUGGAUACUUAAAAAAUAAAGGAGAUUUAGACAACGUGAAAGACUAUUUAGCCGAUGAGUUAGCUAAAAAAAUACAGAACAAAUUAGGGGAUUAUUUGAAAGACGAAAAAAAUUUAUAUGAUCUAGAAAACAUGGAUGAUGAAGAUGUAAAUGAUUUUAAAAAUUAUGCAAAAGACAUUUCGCAAUACAUAGGCUUGAAAGCUGCUGAUAUAUUAGAUACGAAUCUAGGAGAAGCUCUUAAACCGUUUUUGUCAAAAAAUUCUUACACCAAUUUUGAAAAGGCUUUGGAUAAUAAACAAUCAAUUAAUUUAGAAUUCGAUGAACAACAAUCGUAUGACGAAGAUGUUACGGAUGAAAAUACCAAGGAUGGAGAUUCUAAUGACAUAGAAGUUAAUGAUGAAACAGAAGAAUUUAUAAAUGAAUUAGUUGAUGAAUAUGAAGAUAAACAUCACAAGGAGUUGGAAGAGAAUGCUCAAGAAAUAAAAACACAUAAUAACUUGGAUUAA